UGAGGAAGAAAGGGAGGAGAGAUAAUUGAAAGAGGUUGUUUUUUUUCUUCUUUCAUCAUGGCAGAAAGACGCGGACGCGCGCGCACACGCAUGCAUACACCUUUGUAAUUUCUCAACAGGUCCACGGGGGUUUGGACAACACCCCCUCCUCUCUCUCUCUCUCUCUCUCUCUCUCUGGGUGACUCUCUUCCUCCCUAGCUCUCCGAGAAGCCGAAAGCUGUUGGCUCGCGCGCUCUCUAAUUAUUCCACUCUCGCGCAGCGGAGUGCCGGCUGCUGGAAGCCCCGCGCCACUUUCCAUCCGUCACCCAAUCCCUCAGCUUCGGCUCGCGCCGCGGUUCCGCGCGGUUGCGGCUGUCGCGGGCGGACGCUGAACUACAGUAGCCCUGGGAAACACGGAAACGUGUUCGUCGGAGCUCCGGAGAGGCGACAAAUGCCCGAGACCCGCGGCCGGUGCCCCCAGACCCGGCGGGGAGGGAGAACGGCAGAGCAGUGAUGGGACAGUUUUGGGGAGGAUGCUACUUGACUUUUGCCGUCUUGCUCCUCGGGUGUUGGCGAGUCCCGACCGCCCUGGCGAGAGGUGCCCGAGGUGAAUCCCUGCAGAAUGGUGGCACGCUGCCCCUCUUCCUGGAGGAGCCCGUUGACGCCUACAUCGUCAAGAGCAACCCCAUCAAGCUGCGGUGCAGAGCUCAGCCGGCUCUGCAGAUCUUCUUCAAGUGCAACGGCGAAUGGGUCCACCAGAGCCAGCACUCGCUGCAGGAGCACACCGACCUGGGAACAGGGCUGAUGAUCCGCGAGGUGAUGAUCAACGUGUCGCGUCAGCAAGUGGAGGAGUUCCACGGCCCGGAGGACUACUGGUGCCUGUGCGUCGCCUGGAGCCACUUGGGAACGUCCAAGAGCCGCAAGGCGACCGUCCGGAUCGCCUACCUCAGGAAGAACUUCGAGCAGGACCCCCAGGGCACCGAGGUGCCUCUGAAUGGCAUGAUUGUGUUGCACUGUCGUCCCCCAGAGGGGGUGCCUGUGGCUGAGGUGGAGUGGCUGAAAAACGAGGAGCCCCUGAGCUCCGACGGCGCCGUCCACACCAGAGUGGACCACAACCUCAUCAUCUCCCAAGCCCGUCUCUCCGACUCCGGCAACUACAGCUGCGUCGCCAGCAACAUCGUGGCCAAGCGCCGCAGCGCCACCGCCGCCGUCGUGGUCUACGUCAACGGAGGCUGGUCGUCGUGGACGGACUGGUCGCCCUGUAACGUCCAGUGCGGCCGCGGCGUGCAGAGGCGCUCCCGCACGUGCACCAAUCCGGCUCCCCUCAACGGCGGCGCCUUCUGCGAGGGCAUGUCGGUGCAGAAGAGCACCUGCAACACGCUGUGUCCAGUGGACGGCAGCUGGGGCGAGUGGGCCCUGUGGUCGGCGUGCAGCCCCGACUGCGAGCGGCAGCGCAGCAGGGAGUGCACGGCGCCCGAGCCCAAGCACGGCGGGCGGCUGUGCGACGGGGCGGCGCUGGCGGCCGACAACUGCACCGGCGGCCUCUGCACACAGAAUCGGAAGCUGCUGCACGACGUCAAGCCGCAGGGUGUGGAGAACAGCGGCGACGUGGCGCUGUAUUCGGGCCUCGCCGCGGGGGUGGUGACGGUGGUGCUGCUGAUCGUGGCCGUCACCCUGUACCGACGGAGCCAGAGCGAGUACGGCGUCGACGUCAUCGACUCGUCCGCCCUCACCGGGGGCUUCCAGUCCUUCAGCUUCAAGACCUCCCGUCAAGCAAACCCGCUGCUUAUUAAUUCGUCCAUGCAGCCCGACCUGACGGUGUCGCGCACCUACACCAGCCCCAUGUGUUUUCAGGACUCCAUUGACAAGGAGCUGAUGGCCGAAAGCGCACUCCUCGACCCGCUGCCUGACCUGAAGGGUAAAGGUCUGGAGGAACGGGCAGAGUAUCACGUCAUGUCGCACCCUCAGACGUUUCCGAGGGGCCUGGCUCCAGACAUACCCUACCGGGGGGUUUCGGUCGGUACGACGCUGGGCCGGAGAAGCCGGAACCUCUUCACGCCACAAGUUUCUCUGACCCCCAGCAGACCUCUGCACAAAGCCACCGCGGUGUUCGGCCACGCUGGAGGCAGGCUGGUGGUGCCCAGCACAGGUAUCAGUCUGCUGGUGCCUCAUGGGGGGAUCGCGCAAGACACUACCUGGGAGAUGUACAUGAUCAUCAACCAGCAGGACAGCAGCACUGUGUCCGAGGACGAGCCCGAGAUCUUUCUGAGCCCCGCGGUGACGUACGGGCCGCCGGGCCUCGACCUGUCCUGUCCCAUAGCCAUGACCAUAGCCCAUUGUGCAGAGGCUGCUGGGAACAACUGGACCAUCAGACUGAAGAGGCAAACGCAGGACAACAAGUGGGAGGAAGUGAUGUCCGUGGACGAGGAGAGCACGUGCUGCUACUGCCUGCUGGAGGCCCGGCGGUGCCACGUGCUGCUGGAGCAGCCGGGCCGCUACGCCCUGCUGGGCGAGCCGCUGACCCAGGAGGCCAGCAAGCGGCUGAGGCUGGCGGUGUUCGGGAGCGCGGACGGCGCCAGCGCCAGCGCCCUGGGCUUCGCCCUCAGGGUUUACUGCGUGGACGACACGCCCCACGCCUUUCAGGAGGUGGCAGUGGGCGAGCGCAGCAGGGGCGGGCGGCUGCUGGAGGAGCCUAAAGUGAUGCUGUUCAGGGGGAACUCCUUCAACCUCCAGGUGUCCAUCCAGGACGUCCCACAGUUGCUCUGGAGCAUCAAGCCUUUCACCACCUGCCAGGAGUUCUCCUUCUCUCAGGUGUGGGCCAGCAGCCAGCGUCCCCUGCAGUGUGCCUUCUCUCUGGAGCGCUACAGCCACUCCACGCCGCCGCAGCUGUCCUGCAAGAUCAGCGUGCGGCAGGUCAAAGGCGAGGAGCAGAUCCUCCAGGUGUACACGUCUGUAGCGGAGAAUGAAAAGGGAGUGGUCCCCUUCUUCGCCCAGUCCGACUGCACCGUCACCUCUCAGACGGGGUCGAGGGCCUUUAAAAUCCCGCUGUCCAUCCGUCAGCGGAUCAGUGCCACCUUCGACAUCGCUAACGCCAAGGGGAAGGACUGGCAGCUCCUGGCUCAGAAGCUCCACAUAGACAGGAACCUGUGCUACUUCGCGUGUCAGGAGAGCCCGUCCUCAGUGAUUCUGAGUCUUUGGGAGGCCCAGCACCAGGACUCGGGGGACCUGGACUCUCUGGCCAGCGCUCUGGAGGAAAUAAGUCAGCUCCAGUCAUCGGGGAUGGCUUCGUUUGGCUGCAGCAGGGACGAGCAGGACUCGGGGGCUCACUAAUUUGGGUAGGCCGGGCCUGCGUCGGAGCGGAUCGCGAUGGAACUGCGGGGUUGCUGGUGAGCAGGUGAACUGUAGAACUCAUAGUAAGAUGAAGGCAGGCGGUCUCCGUCGCUAAAGGAAGACCUCUGUCAAACCAGACAGCACAGACCGAUGGGAACCAUGGAGCGAUUAGAGAGAGCAUUUGUGUUGGGGGGCAACAAAAACAUUUUGGAAAUGAAAAGAACCGGCCCACUUCCUCCUUUGAUUGAAACAUGUCCCCUCCUGACACUUGUGAAGAUGGAUUCAAUAACCCGGAUUCAAGGAUUACGGAUAUCUGUGUGGGGAGGACUCUCCGCGCGCACGGAGUGCUUUCAGACAAGCUGCCAAUCAUGCUGGUGUUGUGACCUUCCCAGGGUCGGAUGUGCAAGCAUUUACCCCCGAACAGCCGCCUGGGCUGUCAAAAUGUUUAGUGUAACGUCAUCAUGUUGUCAGUCAUUUCCGACAUCUCCUAACGCUGUUUUCUUUUCCUCGUCUGCGCUGUGUCUGUAGGAAUACUGGACGGCAGGGUCAGAGACACUGACCGGUGUUUAGACGCGCUGAAACUAGCAAAGCUAGUGCUUGAGAUGCCUGUCUAAAGGCUUCAACAUUAUCAUGGAUCUCAAUCUUUUCAAAGCGUGUGCAGAUUAGGCGGUUUGUGCGUUCUAGCCUCCCUGGGACUUCGCUUUUCUUCAUUUCUCUCAUUUCAACCUUUGCUCGUGAGCCUCGACCGGAGCUGCUGUUCUGGAUCGUCACAUACGCGGACGUCAUUAUUUGGAGACGCUUCCUCCUGCGUCUGACGGUCAAAGGCAGAGCCGGCAUCCAUUGGAACAGAGACGUCCUGAUGGGGACGAUCCCCACAUUCAGCCGCUCCACCAGCCCCCUUACCUUAAUAAAGUCACUUUGUGUUGAACUUGUGUUGGUUCUGUCUUUUCACCCGUCUAAUGAUUUCCUCCUUGAAAAGCGCUGACACCGUGGAAACAGCACCGCCUGGAAACAGCUCCCGCAAACCUUCAGAACUGUGUCGAGCAAAGCGAUGAAAGGGAGACGUAACAAAGUCCAGUUUUCAAACGGGCCCAAAGGGACCGGAACAGCCAAUUUGCCGUAUUGAUCUCGCAUUGUGUAGCUGCGUGAACAGCACAGAAUGAGAUCCUCAGGUAGCGCUAACCCUCCUUAGGCACAACCUGGACCCGUCUAGUACGCCUUAAAGUCCGCUGGGUCUCCUGUCACUAACCCUCCAAACAGAAACGCUCUAUUCGUCUUCAUUCUCUCCUCUUAAGGCUCAAACCUGCUUAGGAACCUGUCGACGUGAACCAGUGCUGCCGCCGUCUCCUGUCAGAAGGCGCCUGCACACAUUUUGGAGGACAUUUUGGUCUCCUGCUGAGAUUCGGGAGCCGGGAACGAUUCCGCUUUUACAUUUAACACAUUUCCUUAUUACAGCUGAAGGUAAUAAGAGGCCAUGCCGCCAGAUUCAGCAGGAGCAGCGCUUUCCCUACGCCGAAUCCAACGUCCACUUUCAUCUCCAGACUGGAAAGACACAACAUAUUCAAGUGUGCACAUGUCAGUUCUGCAGAGGGCAGUGAUUCCUGUUGAUAUGUGUAUCCCUGUGAAUAUUCAUCCGCAGGGAGCUUAAAUAUUAAAGUGGAGUAGAUGUAGCCAGAAAGCCCUGGUCGCUUCAUGGAUGUGGAUCAAAGAACGCAGGGAGUACUGUACAGACGGACGUGUUACGGAGGGACUGAUCCUCCACCAGCCGCUGAAAAGGUCACUGUGAACGUGGAAUACAUUUAAGAUCCUGACUCACGUGGAUGAAGAGCUCUGAGUGGAACCGCGUGCACAGAGCUGCAGGAUCUAAACCCCGAAGAAGAGCAUAACAUGCUCCUAAUGCUCAGAGCUCUACCUGCAUUUAAAUCAGCCCUGCUUGUGGCCUUUGGGUGUAAUUUGUAACCUCUUGAUGAUGUUGGUCCCUCUCAUUGGCUUAUUGAAGCUGCUAAACAGUCGUUAGCAUAUUUAGCUUCUGGGAGCUAGAAGCUAGGUUUGCAUGCGCCAGUCCACUUCUGAAAGGAGCUUGGUGGUCCAUGUAUGUUCUGUCCUCCAGCAGUAGCUUCUAGGUUCUAGGCUGAUGAGCGUGAUCCUACCUGCUCAGUGUCUUGAGCUCCAGAAGAGAGGGAAGGAUGAUCUGAGGUAAAGGACAGCUUUUUCUCUGGUUCCUGAAGGAUUACGUCCAACAUAUCUCACUAGACGUGAGACAAACAGCCGAGUGACCAGUGUGUGUCCUGCAUCGUCUCACUUGGUUAGCAUCGAUUCCAUCUAUAUCUCAUAGUGCACUGUGUACAGCUUUCACGGUCACAAUAUAGGACAGAGAAAACGGACAGUGAAACCAAAGAUGGGACCUUGGGACGGGAUUUGUCUGGACGAGCAUCUUGGCGCGGAUGGAGCUGCAGGUUCUGGCUGAGCGCCGCUGGUCUGCUGAGCAGCUAAGUCACCAGCUGCAUGUGAAGAGCUGGACUGAGGCUUGAUGGAAGCGUGGUCCUGCGGAGAACGGGGCGCUCUUACUGUUUCUGUCCGCCGUCUGCCAGCACUGCUCAGCAUUAAACUGAUUCGGCCCUUCCCGAACAUCUCCACGGCGACGGGAGGCGAAAGGGGGGGGGCACUUUGCUAUGCAGCUGUAUAAUAAACUGGGACCGCGUCCUAAUUCACGCCGCUCCAUCCAGAUUCAGAAGUUGCUUUGGACUCGUGGAUUUUCUUUUGUGAAAAAUCGAUAUCUGUGGCUCGGAGCAGCGAAGCACGGCAGGAACUGACUUUCUGGCUCGAGGCUUGAGAACGACAGGAUGCUAUUCUGCCAUAUUUCUGUCCAAACGUGUCCAUGCUAAAACCUACUGGAGAUCACUCACUGCAUAUUUAGUUUGUCGCCCCUCCUUCACAUGCUCAUACUGACACAUAUUAGCUCCUCGCUUGAGUUUAGCCCUAAUGAAAACAAACUAUUUGAAUGAAGCGUGCCUCUGUGUGUGUGUGUGUGUGUUCGUCAUCAGAAGGUGAGAGUGGAAUGCGAGUAUAUGCAAACUGUGUUCUUUAUCGCCAUGAACACUGACUGGGUUCCAGGAUCUGGAUCAGGAUCUCGUCCUACGAGGGAGCUACCGCUGCAGCUUGUGUAGAUGUGCGUCUCGCGCAGCCUGUGUUGCUUUGAGGAAACUGGAAAACAGCGCUCGCUUAGGUAAAAUGAAGUCACCGCAUCAAAUGUUGGUUUUUGAAUUUUAAUUUACAGUAAAAAAGUAUUUGGUUGCUGUUUCUUCUUUCAUUUUCUUUCCUGGGACAAAACUACUGCCUUUAAAGUCGUAUUCCCGUAUGCCUCUAUUUAUUAGAGGACUGCUGGAUUUAUGGAAACUGAUUUUAUUCUAUAUGCAUCGUAAUGUAUGUGUGGUUUGAAACUCAACAUUUGAUUUAAGUGCUAUAUGAAUGUGGAGCAGGUGCAACGUGUGACAGCCUUUAGCGCUGGAGAUGUUCCCUUAGGCCAAGUUUAUGUUUUUGUUUUGUUUUUUUUUGUUUUUUUUUUUCAGAUUUGCAAUAUUUGCAUUUUUGAAAACGUGUAUUCUGUAUUGUGUUGGAAUAAAUAUGCAGUGAAAUGA